UCUUCUUCAAUCACUUUCUUGCUUUAAGCAAAACUAAAGAAAAGCUUCUCUCUUUAAAUCUAAAGUUUUCCCAGUUUCCAAGCACUCAAACCCUAGUAUUUUCAUGGAAAAUAUUCAAUUAAACACUGUUCAUCAAGACCCGGAAGCCCUGAGUUCAAAUAAUCUUUUUGAUUGGGAGAAAAUUUUGAUUUUGAAUCAAGAAAAUAAAGCUUCUGCUAUGGACGAAGAUGAAAAUGAAGAUUCUUUGGUUGAUUCGAUGCUUUGUGACUCUGAUUCAAGACUAAUUCCAACUGGGUUUACAAGAUCUAGUUGUACAGAUGAAGUUGUGAUGUUUGUAAAUGCUGGAGGUGACGGCUCAAAUGAAGCAGAAUCUAGUAUGAAGAUUGUGGGUGAUAAGUAUUUCGAAGGAGGAAAUGUUUUACGAACGGAUGAGAAUAUAAUUGAGGCCGGAGAUUAUCCAUUCCUAUACAAGUCGGCACGAUUAGGGAAUUUUUAUUAUAGGUUCAAUAAUCUUCCUCCUGGGGACUACGUUGUUGAUCUGCAUUUCGCGGAGAUUAUAAACAUCAAUGGACCUAAGGGAAUGAGAGUAUUCAAUGUAUUUGUGCAGGAAGAGAAGGUCCUAUCUGAUUUUGAUGUUUUCUCCAUUGUUGGAGCAAAUAAACCGUUGCAACUAGUUGACACCAAGGUCUCUGUAAAGGAGGAAGGAGUAAUUCAUAUAAGAUUUGAAGGGGUUAAUGGAAGCCCAGCGGUUUGUGGAAUUUGCAUAAGGAAAGCGGCAGAGGUGUCAGUUCCUCGGGUGUCACAUGAAUAUCUUAAAUGUAACAGCUGUGCUGCCGAGAUGGAAGUGUCUUCAGCUCAGAAGAAACUUAUGCGAGUAAAAGCUACAGAUAAGUACGAGAAGAAGAUACAAGAGCUCACUAAGCAGUGCCAGCUUAAGACAAAUGAAUGCCAUGAAGCGUGGAUGUCACUGACUCAAGCAAAUGAGCAGCUGGAGAAGGUUAGGAUGGAACUCGACAAUAAAAUCUUUCAAACACUGACUCUAGAUCAAACUGUUGGGAAACAAACUGAAGGUUUGAGGACUAUUACCAGCAGAUAUGAACGUGAUAAAAAGUAUUGGUCAGCAGCAGUCAAUGAAUUACAAGAAAAAGUAAAGAGGAUGAAGCAAGAACAUUCUCAACUCUCUCGCGAAGCACAUGACUGUGCGGAUUCAAUACCCGAGUUGAAUAAAAUGGUCACUGGAGUUCAGGCAUUGGUUGCACAGUGUGAGGAUUUUAAAAUGAAGUACGUGGAAGAGCAAGCCAAGAGAAAGGAGCUUUAUAACCAAAUUCAGGAGACGAAAGGAAAUAUCAGGGUUUUCUGUCGCUGCCGUCCACAGAAUAAGGAUGAUAUAUCUGCUGGAUGUGCAACAGUUUUAGACUUCGAUGCAGCGAAAGAUGGAGACCUUGGGAUUUUAAAUGGUGGUUCCACAAAAAAGACAUUCAAAUUUGACCGAGUGUACACACCAAAAGAUAGUCAAGUUGAUGUGUUUGCGGAUGCUUCACCAAUGGUGACUUCGGUGCUAGAUGGGUACAAUGUUUGUAUAUUUGCUUAUGGACAAACAGGGACAGGGAAGACAUUUACGAUGGAGGGUACUGAGCAGAAUAGAGGAGUCAAUUACAGGACUCUUGAUCAAUUGUUUGAAAUUACCAAGGAAAGGAGUGAAACUUUUACUUACAAUAUAUCUGUUAGUGUGCUUGAAGUCUACAAUGAGCAGAUCAGAGACCUGUUAGCUACAUCACCAUCAUCAAAGAAGUUGGAGGUAAAGCAAUCUUCUGGAGGUUCACAUCAUGUUCCAGGAAUUUUGGAAGCUCGGGUUAACAGCACUAGGGAAGCCUGGAAUGUUCUGCAGGCUGGAAGUAAUGCAAGAGCUGUUGGAUCCAAUAAUGUGAAUGAGCAUAGCAGCCGAUCUCAUUGCAUGCUGUGCAUAAUGGUAAGAGCAAAGAACUUAAUCAAUGGUGAGUGCACCAAUAGCAAACUUUGGCUUGUGGAUUUGGCUGGCAGUGAGCGACUUGCAAGAACUGAUGUGCAAGGAGAGAGACUCAAGGAAGCUCAAAAUAUUAAUAGAUCACUUUCAGCACUUGGAGAUGUCAUAUACGCUUUAGCAACUAAAAGUAGUCACAUUCCAUACAGGAACUCUAAGUUGACACAUCUACUACAAGAUUCAUUAGGGGGUGACUCCAAAACUUUAAUGUUUGUACAAAUCAGCCCUUCCGAGAAGGACUUGAGUGAGACCUUGAGUUCAUUAAAUUUUGCCACUCGAGUUCGAGGGAUUGAGUUAGGUCCUACAAAGAAGCAGAUAGAUACAACUGAGCUUCAAAAAAUGAAAGUGAUGCUUGAAAAAGCUAGACAAGAAUCAAGAUCCAAGGAGGAAUCUUUAAGGAAGCUAGAAGAGAAUUUACAGAACCUGGAGAACAGGGCCAAAGGCAAGGAUCAAACUUAUAAAAACCAACAGGAGAAGAUCAAAGAACUUGAAGGCCAGCUUGUGUUGAAGUCAAACUUGCACAGCCAGUCGGAGAAGCAAUUCUCACAACUUUCAGAUAGAUUGAAGGGCAAAGAAGAGCUUUGCAGUAAUCUCCAAAUAAAGAUCAAAGAGCUAGAAGCCAAGCUUAGAGAACGACAACAAUCAGAGUCUGCGACUUUCCAAAUGAAGAUCAAAGAUCUUGAGAAUAAGCUGAAAGAGCAAGAACAGGAGUCCCAAUCUCAUUCUCUUAUCCUUCAAAAUAAGAUCAAGGAGCUUGAGACAAAAUUAAAAGCGCAGGAAGAGCAGAGCACAGAGUCCUUUGUGCUUCGCCAAAAGAUUAAGGAGGUUGAGGACAAGUUGAGGGAGCAAGAGCAACAAUUGCAGAGCAGGCUGUCUCAUGAAUUUGCUGAGCUGAUAAGAGCCACUCCUACUGAAGGCAAAACUUGUAAGAGAGAUGAUGAGGUGAUGAGUGAAAUUGAUAUUCGUAUUCUAAGGAGUUCUAACUCAAUUAAGCGGCCAAUGAGCCACGGUUCUGUAUUGCCAAAAGGAAAUGAUUAUCUCUAUGAGACUCGAAAGAAACGACAGUCCAGGAGUGGAGAGACAGAGAACAAUGCCGCGGCACCAACUUCUUUAUAUGAUAACAAGAAAAGGAAAUCUGAUCCUCCCAGAGUUGCAAGGCUGGUGAGAACAACAAAGCCAGUCACCACUACUCAAGGACCCCCCAUUCACAAGAGAAUUAACAAAGAUCAGGUUGCAGGAAUUAAGGAGAGGGAUAAUAAGAAAAAGAUUUGGUCAAGAUAGUUAAGUGAAACCUCAGAUUGCUCAUCUGUUGUUUAGAUUUGUAUUAUUGUCUUCUCAUUAUAUGAUUCUUGUGUUUAUUAGGGAGAAAGUAAAAUCAACUGAAGGAAUGGAAUUAUAUUACAUGUUUCUCAUUAUAUGAUUCUUGUGUGUAUUUGUGAGAAAGUAAAAUCAACUGAGGUUUCCUUUUAUGGUUCAA